UCUUGAGCGAACUGUCACCCGCUCCCUCUCAUCUUGUCUGCUGGGCGUGACCAUGAAGCGCGUGUGUGUGUUCAUACUUCGACAUUUCGCCCCGUGACGGCCCUGCUUCGCGAUACGAUCCGCAUCGCGGUCACAUGGCAGGAGAGGAUGAGCACUUUGCAUCGCAAGUCGCAGGAGAUGGGUGCCGCAGGCGAGCCCUUCGACGACACAACAGACAACCAUGACAAGGCCGAGCUCACCACUGCCACCGAGAGGAGCGACCAUGAUCGCAACGCUGCCAGUGAUGCAUCCACGCCCACGCUGCCGAGCACACCGCGCCGCCCCGAUCUCCUCUCGCGCUUGACGCUGCAACUUCCGCCAUCCGCACCUGCUGUCUCCGUCCCACUGACUCCUGCCAUUCCGAGGCAUUCGCGCGGCAUGGACUUCAGCCGCGCUUCGACGACGCUGCACCAUUCGACUCUGGCCGAGAGCGACGCGGACUCUUCUCCCAUCAUCUCGCACAAGGGCAUGCCGAUUCCGGCGCGUCGCCUAUCCUCGAGUGCCAUGGCUGUCGACUCGCUGAACAUGGGCAGCGGUGGAGCCAUGCCGUGGGGCUCUUUGGCGCUGGGUCACGAAAAGAGCACAGUGAGUAGCUCGGUGGGCAGCACCAAUCUCAUGGCUUCGGAGAGCGAGACCUCGAGCAGUGAUGAUGACGCGAGUAUGGGAGGAGAUGAUAUCGAGGAUCCGGUGUUCUCGACGCCCCAAGUACACAAGCUGCAGAAUUCGUGUGCCCCGACGCCUUUUCAACAGUCUACCCAAGCGCCGUCAACCCCGACUGCCUCCACAUGGGGCACCGGGAGCCAUUUCUCACCUGCCCAAGCAUCCUUGCUGAAGACUAUUCGGAGGACGAGGUUACACAAAAGCAGCAAAGGAAGGAGCAGGAAGAGCUCUAGCAGUGCGAGUGGAAGUGGCUACAGCUCGGUGGCUUCACCUAGAACUACGUCGCCCCCUCCCAUGAGAAGUAUUGAGACUGCGGGCGGAGGCUACUUCGCUAUGGCCAAUGCUGCGCGUAGUCGACGCGAGAGCUUGGCUAUGGGUACGGACAGCCUCCACCUUUCAAGCGGCAACGACAGCGGUGACGAGGCAAAUGCUUCGGCAACUUCAACGCCAGGCGUGGUGCGACGCCCGGUAGUGCGGCGUGGCAAUCUGCUACCCAAAACCAAAGGCUUCGCUCGGAUUCGCGCCGCGCUGAUCGAAGAGGCUGCACCGGUGGAUGCAGAAUCGAGACGAGAAGCUGAGACGAUUCGCCAGGUACGGGAACGCGACAACAGUGUCACAGACUUUGAGUCGCACGACCGCCCUCAAAGUUCCACCGCAGCAUCAUCGCCGAACCUGCUCCCCGCCGUGCCCGAGUCGGCGCAAGAAGACUUUGGCCGCGACCUGGAUGGUGACUCUGGUGUCAGUCGUGGUCUGGGCUUGGGCACAAACUUUUCUGAUCAUGCGACUCGCAACAGCGGUGGGCUUGAGUACUGGAAUCGGUUCGACUCGUCGGCACGGACCCCUCCGCCUGCUACUUUUGGUCGACAGAGCAGCAGUGCCGUCUCUGACACCAACAUGGACUCACCAUUUGGAGACUUCACCAUGUGGCGGCGGCCACGAGCACGAUCUUCGGCUUCUGAUGCAUCUGAAGCCAUCAUGUCCAAUGGUGCAGGGGCUGUGCUGAGCGACGAUAUGCAUCUGCAGAAAUUCAAGAAGCGACCACGCGAGGACGACUUCGACAUCGGUACCAUCAAGAGGCGCGCUGUGUCUCCAGGAAUGAGCACUGCACAGAAUAGUCCUGUGCUCACGAACUCGCCGUCGUCGCGCGAUACGCACGGAGGGGGCUGGGGUCAGCCGCCGGAAAGGCUGCACAAAGCACCUUCGAAUGGUAGCGACGCGGGUUCGCAGGCUCCCCCAACCCGAGCUGGUAGCGGAGGCAGUAUAAGUGGGGGAGCGAACAUGGUGAGCCAGGGCAAGAAGUUGGGGUUGCAGCCAAUGGCGGAUACCAGAGACGAGCUGAUGAAAAUGAGCAUUGAAUAGCUUUGGGGUGAUUUUGUGAUUGUUUGAAUUUAGCGAUGGCGCUGCGGGUAGGAUGCAUAUACAGCGAACUUCAAAAGCACGCGUGACAGGUUCGAAGUAGGUUGGUUCACAUACUUGAGGAAUACAAUACAUGAGCUCCAGCGAGC